AUGGCUGACGUCGACGGCGCAUCUCCGAAGGAGCAGAUACUCGAAGCCUGUCGGAGAGACAACGUGGAAUUAUUCCACGAAGUGCUGGAUGACAUGAAAGAUCAGAACAAAGAACAAAUAGCCGAAUUCUUCAACACCGCCACAGACACCAUGGGAAAUCAUCUGCUGCACGUCUGUGCGAACUAUGGCGCCUACGAUGUGAUGGACGAACUACUCAAUAUUGAGUUCCUUGAAUGUGAUCCGUUGACCAGGAGGGACAAAGAGACACCAAUCCACUGUGCUGUCAAAUAUGCCAAUGAACGAGAGGUCGAAUUAGGGCAGGCUAUGGCAAAGAUGUUGAUCGAUGCUGGAGGCGACCCCAGAGUCAAAGAUGGACACGGCAGAAAACCUGCAGAGAUAUGUACUCCAAGGACAGAAGAACUUCGCAGCAUCCUAAUCAAGGAGGAAUAUGUGCUCAAUGAAGGACUCAAGAACGUCGACAUUCAACCCGAUGACGACGAUGGUCCUGGUGGAUCUGCCUCAGAUUCGGAAUGA